UAAACUCUCUCUCUCUCUCUCUCUCUCUCUCUCUCUCUCUCUCUGAGAAUGACGGUGGCAGCAUUCUUCCCCAGUCCUCAGCUUCAGAACAGUGCCGCAACUGCCACCAGGGCAACCCCAUCUCACAGAAAAUCCCAACAUCAACAACCUCAUCAUCAAAAUCUUCACUUUCUGUUCAUCCCCGCUCCCACUUUCCUCUCUUCACUACCUUCUUCUUCGUCGUCUUCUUCUUUUCCACUCACUAUCAAGUCCUCUUCUAGCUCUACCUCAAGAACACAGCAAUUCCAUGUUGUAUCAGACUCAAUCCACAACAAUGUCAUUCAAGACCUUGAGGAAUCCCUCACCAAUUCCCACUCACACCUCAAUGGUGUUCGACAAUUGGACCACCCUAACCAACCCUCCAAGAUAUUCAUCCGUGACCCACCUUGGAUUUCCUCCAUCUUCCUCAAAGGUCUCUGCAAGAAUACCAACCUAGAAUUCAAGCUUCUGUUCAAGGAAAUUGAGAAGAACAAGUACAAUUUGCUCAGGAGGAGGCAGAUUCAAGCUGAAACCGAAGCUUGGGAGAGGAUGGUGGAGGAGUACAGGGAGCUAGAGAGGGUCAUGCGCGAGAAGAAUUUAGCUCCUAAUUUGCCUCACGUGAAAGCUUUGUUUUUGGGGUGGUUUGAGCCUCUGAAGGAAGCUAUAGAGGCUGAGCAGAAGUCACAGAAGACUAAAAAGCACAAGACGGCGUUUGCGCCGCACAUUGAGUCCUUGCCGGCGGCAAAAAUGGCGGUUAUUGUUAUGCACAAGAUGAUGGGAUUGGUUGCCAUGGAGCAUCAUCAGGCAGGGUGUGUUGUGCUUGUUAAUGCUGCUGUUCAGAUUGGUAUGGCUAUAGAACAAGAGGUUAGGGUCCAAAAGUUCAUGGAAAAAACCAGAAGUCACCAGCGCAAGAAAACGGAGGCUGAUACCGAAGAUGAUAUGAAUGAUGAUAAACCAAAACUAAUGAAACAUAUAAAUGGUUUGAUUAAAAAAAGAAGAUUGAGGUCAGUGCAGAAGCUGUUGAAGAAAGAAGAUUUUGUCUCCUGGGGUCGUGAUACCCAGGCUAAGCUGGGAAGUCGAUUAAUCGAUAUGUUAAUUGGGACAGCAUAUGUACACAUUCCAGUUAGCCAGUCUGCUGAUACUCCUCCAGAUUUUCGACCGGCAUUCAGGCAUAGAUUUAAAGCCAUUUCAAAGAAUCCAGGGGAAAAGAUUUUGAAGAAUUAUGGCAUUAUAGAAUGUGAUCCGUUAGUCCUUGCUGGGCUUGAUAAAUCUGCUCAUCACAUGUUAAUGCCUUACAUGCCAAUGUUAAUACCUCCGAAAAAGUGGAAGGGUUAUGAAAAGGGUGGGCACUUGUUCUUGCCAUCUUAUAUCAUGCGUACUCAUGGAUCAAAGAAGCAGCAAGACACAUUGAAGAAUGUUAAAAGGACACAAAUGCAGAAGGUUUUUGAGGCAUUGGAUGUACUUGGCAGCACCAAAUGGCGAAUAAAUAGAAGAAUACUUGCUGUUGUGGAGGCUGUCUGGGCUGGAGGAGGCAACACUGCAGGCCUGAUUGAUCGGAAAGAUGUUCCUAUACCAGCAAGGCCACCUGUAGAUGAUCCAAAACAAAUUCAGGAGUGGAAAUGGAAUGUAAUGAAAGCAAAGAAAAUUAAUGCAGAGAGGCACUCUCUGAGAUGUGACACUGAACUCAAGCUUUCUGUGGCUCGAAAAAUGAAAGAUGAGGAAGGCUUUUAUUAUCCUCACAAUCUUGACUUCCGUGGCAGAGCAUAUCCGAUGCAUUCUCAUUUGAAUCAUUUAAGUUGUGAUCUGUGUCGAGGAUUACUUGAGUUUGCUGAAGGGAAGCCUUUGGGGAAGUCUGGACUACAAUGGCUAAAAAUACACUUGGCAAAUUUGUAUGCAGGUGGUGUGGAAAAACUGUCUUAUGAUGGUCGACUAACUUUUGUAGAGAAUCAUCUUCACGAUAUAUUUGACUCUGCUGAUAACCCCGUUAACGGAAAUCGUUGGUGGUUAAUGGCUGAGGAUCCUUUCCAGUGCCUCGCUACUUGUAUUAAUCUAUCAGAAGCCUUAAGAAGCUCGUCUCCAAGUUCUUUUAUAUCUCAUCUGCCAAUUCAUCAGGAUGGCUCCUGUAAUGGCUUGCAGCAUUAUGCAGCUUUGGGAAGAGAUACUAUGGAAGCUGCUGCAGUUAACUUGGUUGCUAAAGAGAAACCUGCUGAUGUUUACUCAGAGAUUGCUGUUAGGGUUCAUGACAUUAUGAAAAGGGACUGCAAAAAAGACCCAAGUACCUAUCCAAAUGCUCUGCUAGCAAAGGUUUUAAUUGAUCAGAUUGAUAGAAAACUAGUCAAACAGACAGUAAUGACUUCAGUUUAUGGUGUUACUUUUGUUGGGGCACGAGAGCAAAUAAAAAGAAGAUUAGAGGAGAAAGGCCUUAUUACUGAUGAUAAACUUCUAUUUGCUGCAGCUUGCUACGCUGCUAAAGUGACAUUGAAGGCCCUUGAAGAAAUUUUUGGAGCAGCUCGUGAUAUUAUGGGAUGGCUUGGUGAUUGUGCAAAAGUGAUUGCUUCAGAAAAUGAAGCCGUUCGCUGGACCACUCCUCUUGGUCUUCCGGUUGUACAACCAUACUGUAGAAAUGAACGUCAUCUGGUCAGAACAUCUCUUCAGAUAUUGGCUCUGAAGCGGGAGGGCAACACAGUCGAUGCCAAGAAACAGAGAACUGCAUUUCCUCCAAAUUUUGUACAUUCACUUGAUGGUUCACACAUGAUGAUGACUGCUCUUGCCUGCAGGGAUGCUGGCUUAUGCUUUGCAGGUGUUCAUGACUCGUUUUGGACACAUGCAUGUGAUGUGGAGAACAUGAGUCAGAUUCUGAGAGAAAAAUUUGUGGAGCUUUAUGACAUGCCGAUUCUUGAAAAUUUGCUAGAAGACUUCCAGACAUCAUAUCCAGGAUUAGUUUUUCCUCCACUGCCAGAGAGAGGUGAUUUUGACUUGCGAAAGGUUCUCGAUUCUCCGUACUUCUUCAACUGAGCUUCUCUACACAAGCAACAACAAAAAGAUUCGGUUGAAAGCAUUUCUCCGUCGUAUCUAAUGCGGAAUCAUUCAGAGGCUGGAGCUUAACUUAUCCUGUAGCGGAAGUAGUGAUUUCAAAGAACGACCCGAGGAGAUGCUUAUGGGGAAGGAGAGGCAGGAAGGAAGGAAAAAAAGGUUCUGCAUGAUUUGUUUUGGGAAGUCUCUUGCUGCUAGGAUUCUUAGACUUGGUGAUCCAGUUAACACAAGGCAACUUUAGGAGCUCUAAUCAUCUCAGAUUCGUUAUCAACAGGCAGCAAAGGAAAUUCUCCGCGGAAUUUUAACGUUGGCAAUUUCCUUGAAUUGGCUUGCUGGUUGCUAGGUUCCAACGGUGGCAAACUCUGGCACUUGCAGAGCCAUAGCUAACCAACCCUUUCUCUCUCUCAUGUAUUAUAUAAUGUAUGAAUAGAAAUGAAUAGAUGUAUACUAGAUCGAAGGAAAGGUCAUUAGGGUAGAAACAUGCUGUUAUUUGUGAUCUGUACAUAGACUUAUUCAUUUUCAUUGUGAAAUAAAUUGAGAAACGUUUGAGAAAGGACAAUGGGGGGUUCAUGGCUGUUACCUGAGCUUUAAUUUAGAAGAGAAUACCCUGUUAAUUUUCAUUUCCAAUUCCUAAUUAUGGUGCAGUUACAUUUGGCUCUUUGAUAUUUUAUCUACUUCACUUUGAUCAAUUGUCAAAU